CUGUAGGGACCCGGAGCAUACAGAUCUCGCUGGCUUCACUCUUACCUCGGUGUCUGCUGCACCCUCCGCUUCCUCUCCUAGGCCACGAGACCCAGCGGCUAGAAAUUCACCAUGUCUAUUCUCAAGGUCCGUGCCAGGGAGAUCUUUGACUCUCCUGGGAAUCCCACUGUUCAGGUUGAUCUCUUCACCUCAAAAAGUCUCUUCAGAGCUGCUGUGCCCAGUGAUGCUUCAACUGGUAUCUAUGAGGCCCUAGAGCUCCGGGACAAUGAUAAGACUCGCUACAUGGGGAAGGGUAUCUCAAAGGCUGUUGAGCACAUGGUUAAAACUAUUGCACCUGCCCUGGUUAGCAAGAAACUGAACGUCACAGAACAAGAGAAGAUUGACAAACUGCUGAUCGAGAUGGAUGGAACAGAAAAUAAAUCCAAGUUUGGUGCAAACGCCAUUCUGGGGGUGUCCCUCGCCGUCUGCAAAGCCAGUGCCGUUGAGAAGGGGGUUCCCCUGUACUGCCACAUCGCUGACUUGGCUGGCAACUCUGAAGUCAUCCUGCCAAUCCCGGCUUUCAAUGUCAUCAAUGGCGGUUCUCAUGCCGGCAACAAGCUGGCCAUGCAGGAGUUCAUGAUCCUCCCAGUUGGUGCAGCAAACUUCAGGGAAGCCAUGUGCAUUGGAGCCGAGGUUUACCACAACCUGAAGAAUGUCAUCAGGAAGAAAUACGGGAAAGAUGCCACCAAUGUGGGGGAUGAACACGAAGUAUCUGAAAGAUGUCACUUUACAGAAACAGUGUGUACCAUUCUGACAUUACAAUGGUGGAGUUGGCAGGUGUGCCCAGGCCAAGCAGUGGGGCUGGACACAAGGUCCGUGGCCCAAAAGGAGUGCUGA